GAAACCCGGUUAAACGACACACUCGUGGCUAGAGUCAUCCCCCAUGCGCAUGACACAGUUUAUAGCACGAUAGUUGUGCUUGGCAUACGUAGGUUAGAAUAGCUGUUUUCAUAAUUAAAAAUUUUUAUCGUAAAACCGGAAUGACAUGUGAUUAUUGUAGCAUUUUCGCAUAUCCAUAUUCUUUUAAAGUCGAGUAAAAUCGUGAAUGGAUAGUAAUAUUUUUUCCAGGGGGAAAACAAGCCGGGCAUCGCAGUGGGGGUGCAAUCAUAAUAAUCUACUAGUGUUUUCGUCAAGUGUUAUUUGUUAAACCCAAAUUUACCAGUGGGUAAUCGAAUAGUCAACGUGAUUUUGAAGUGGAUAGGUUGCUGAUAAGAAUGGCAACUGGUGAAGCAGGUGUACCCCAUUAUUCGGGUGAGGAAUCUAACUGGAGGAAAGAUCUUAUUUCUCAACUUCGUGACAGGAAUAGAUCCCAAACCUACUGCUUCUAUGAUCUCAUAAGUUUACAUAAUCGACUGUUCGAAAGUGCUAAUACUUUGCGAGGGGAAAAUCUACAAUUGUCAAUAGCAAAUGAGAAAUUGAGGUGCGAUAUUGGAGGAACUGGUGGUGGAUCAAGUGGAAAUGCUGUUCUAGAAGCACGGUUAUUGGCACAGGCUGAAGAAUUGGCAACGCUUCAUAGAAGAAGAGGAGAACAUACACAGCAAAUUGUAGAUCUGAAUAAUAAAUUGCAAGAAGUGAUUAAAGAACUUCACUCAAAAGAAGCCAGCCUGGCAGAAAGUAUCGAAGUCAAUGCUGGCUUACGGUCAGACAUAGCAAGAUACAUAAGCAAAGAACGUGAAUUAGAAAAUGUUAAUCAAAUGCUCAAAGACGAGCAUCAAGCCCUGCAGCUAGCUUUUGCUGCUCUUGAAGAGAAGCUGAGAAAAGCUCAGGAAGAAAAUCGCCAGCUAGUCGAGCGCUUAAUAAAAUACAAAGCAAAGGACGCAGAAAAGAUGAAUGAAGAAAAUGACAAUUUCUUAAACGAGAGUUUUACCAGCCCGACAGCCUUUUUGAUGAAUACCCUAUCGAAAUUCGGAAAGAGACAAGCCAAAAUGCAGAAGGAACUGGAAGAUGCUGCACGCGAUACACGGCAAAUCAGUCCUGAUAGGACCAGCUUGAAGGAAGGAAUCGUUGGUCUUCCCACAUCAGUACCGACCAAAGUCUCCGUAAAAUUUAGUGCUCACGACGGGGAAGUAAACGCAGUGAAAUGGUCUCCCGUGGACAGACUCCUCGCCACGGGUGGCGCUGACAGGAAAGUCAAGCUAUGGGAUAUAUCCAAAGGUGCUUACGAGAGCAAGGGGAUGCUGGUGGGUAGCAACGCUGGCGUUAUGUCCGUUGACUUUGAUUCAGCCGGUACUCUCAUCCUUGGAGCAUCAAACGACUUUGCAAGCCGCGUCUGGACCGUCGGCGAUCUCCGCUUAAGGCACACACUCACGGGUCAUUGCGGGAAAGUAAUGGCGGCCAAGUUCCUUGGGGAACCGUCGAAAGUGGUGACGGGCAGUCAUGAUCGGACGUUGAAAAUUUGGGAUCUUCGUGGACGAGCUUGUAUAGAAACGAAAUUUGCUGGCUCAAGCUGCAACGAUCUUGUCACAUCCGACAGCUCAGGUUCCACGAUUAUCAGUGGACAUUUUGAUAAGAGGAUUCGAUUUUGGGACACCAGGGUAGAAUCCUGCUCGAACGAUAUCAUCCUUCAAGGAAAAGUCACGUCUUUGGAUCUAUCACGUGAUGCUAAUUAUUUAUUAAGCUGCGUACGGGACGACACAUUGAAACUUUUGGAUUUACGAAUGAAACAGAUAGUUGGCUCGUUCAGCGCCGAAGGUUUCAAAGUUGGCUGUGAUUGGGCUCGAGCUGCUUUCAGUCCCGAUGGUCAGUACAUUGCUGUUGGUUCAUCGGAUGGGUCCAUCUUUGUUUGGUCUGUGGGGACAAAUAAGAUUGAAACGGUACUAAAGGAUCACACGUCUCCAGUGACGGCCGUAUCCUGGCAUCCUCGCGGUACAUUCUUAGCGUCUGUGGAUCGUGCGAAAAAAGCUGCCAUCUGGGGGGAUCAAGUUUGACAGGAGGAGCAAUCUUGAAUCGAGCGAUCGCGCAUGCUCGUAUGACAGACCGAAGGUUCAUUACAAACGUCAUUUCCACGUACGCAGCUACCUUUAAGGUGGCGAACACUGAAUUCUACUGUACAAUAAUGAUCGUGCGGCCAACGAGUUUUCAUGUCGUGCACGUACACGAGGAUGAAGGGAAAAAAAGCACAUGUACGAGGCGACAUUCGCGAGAAGCAUAUUAUUUUUACAAACUGUAACAGCAACGCAUAAUUUUUCGUUUCGAUUUACAUACAAGAAAAAUAAGAAAAAAAAAAAAAAAAAAAAUUACCUUAGCGUACAGUCAAGAGUUUACACAGAUCGAUAGCUAUAUCAAACUCAAGGACUAUAGUGAUCGAUAAUACACGUUAUACCGUUAAAGGAUCAAGUUGGAGAUAACUCUUUGUAAAUGAAUCGUACAAUAUUAACGUCGACCUGCGGUUGAAAAGGGCGCAUUGAAAACGCUUCGUGAAAACUAUAUAGGGCUAGUCGCCUGUAAAAUGUAAAACGUUCGUGGUUAUCGAAAUCCUUUCGAUCUACGAUCGUGCUACUGUACAUAGAAGUAAAA